AUGGCUUGGCAGCAGCCAAACCAAUGGAACUGGGGAAGCUCCUGGACCGCCGACGGUAAGCGCUAUUACAAGCGUGAUGCCGACGGGAACCGCGCGACGCCUGGGUACCUGAACAGGCAGGAGGAGUCGUUCAAGAACUUGAAGGAGAAGCUGAGGUUGGCGGAAGAGAAGGUCGAGACCAGGGAAAAGGAGGUCAAGAGCGAGAAAUCUGAGAAGGAAAAGCUUUUGAGGGAGAAACUUGAUCUCCAGGCCCAACUCUUCAAGGAGCGCACCGAGAAAGAAGAUCUUCGGACGAGGGGCCGCACCUUGCUGCUGAGGCUCCAAAAGACGAACGAGGAGCUGCGCAAAAAGAUCGAAGCCUUGGAACGCAAAAAGGACACCGAAGGCUCUUCCAGUUCCUCCUCUUCGUCCACCAGCAAG